AGCUGACCUGUCACACCGCAGCAGGCAGGCAGGCACUGUAAUGUGUGUUGGGUGCCAGCCUCCGGCUACGCAUUGAAUUCAUGGCAGCCAAAAUGGAGCUAGCUCCACUCAGACCGUGGGAUGAUUUUUACCCCGGGACGGACCGCUUCGCCAAACCAGAGUUCGGAGACGUUACAAAGUGGAACAACAGAAUAAUCAGCAAUUUAAUGUACUACCAGACGAACUACUUCGCGUUGGCCUUGGUGGUUUUCCUCAUCGUUGGGUUUCUGAACCCCUUUGCCAUGUUUCUGGGAGGAACUGUGGUGACUUUGGUGUUCAUGGGUUCCGUAUGGGCAGGGGAGAAUCAAGCCACCAUCAAGAACUUCAAAAGGAAGAACCCCACUCUGUUUGUCAUAGGCGUCAUGGUCACCAGUUACUUCCUGCUGUCGCUGUUCGGUGGCGUCAUGGUCUUUAUCUUUGGCAUUACCUUCCCUUUGCUGCUCAUCUUAAUCCACGCCUCCUUGAGACUUCGCAACAUGAAGAAUCGAUUGGAGAACAAGAUGGAAGGUGUCGGUUUGAAGAAGACUCCAAUGGGCAUCAUUAUGGAUCUCCUAGAUCAGCAGGAGGAACGAGUGAACAAGAUUCAGGAUUUCAUCGAGAGCAAACUGAAGGAGUAGUAUUGUAGCAAAGCUAGUUUUUUUUUUUUCCAUCACCGUAUACUGUAUGUUACAAUCUAGGUGUACUUUACUCAGACUAUUCGUAGAGAGUAGACAUUUGGAUCUUUUUCCGUUUUGCUUUCCCCUACUAUAGAUACUUUGCAUUAAUCAUAAUUGACAGUUGAAAAACACCAAAGGUAUUUUUGCUUGAGUACAGCAUUCCCACGUUGAAUGUGUUAAAAGCCCCAACACACACACACAUUAUGCUCUUAUUAAUACACAACCUUGGUAUUCGAUGCAAUUAUAAAGUCUGAUCGUUUUCCCUUCUACCUCUUUUCACAUCAUGCAAGCUUUAAUUUCUGAACUAUAUUUAUUAAAAAAUAAAUCAAUAAAAUCCAAAGCUUUCCCGAAUAUCUUGUCACUCCAAGACCUUUAUGAAUACUGAUCCAAGACCAGUGUGACUUCGGGUGUAUAUGUGUUGUCACUAAUUACCCUGUGUAUAAAUAGAAUAUUUUUUUUCCAUAUUGCUGAAAGCACAGGCUAUCUAUCCUCUAGCCUUUGAUCGCUGCUAUGCAAAUGAAAAGGAAUGGCACUUUCAGCUUUGUUCUACUAUAGUAUGCAUAUGUUUUAUGUCGGCAUGUAUUAUAUUAUAUUUGUGAUAUGUUUAAAAUAACUUUUAAGAUACACAAAUUUAAUAGAUUUUUUUUUUUUAUUUGUGAAUAAUAUCCUCAAUGUUUUAUGUGACUUUUUCAGUCAUGAGAAUGUGAUUGCGGAGUCAACAAUUAAAACAUGGUUGUAUCCUAUGCUAUUAAUAAAGUUAACCCAAUUCAA